GCGCUCUCCUUUUCUGUUGCUAUUGUUUGACGAACAUUUCCAAGCACUGCUUGUGAGUAAAAGGCAGCGCGACGGCAAGAUUUCAUUCUGACCCAGGGAUAAAGAGAUGGCAAUUAACUACAUCAGAUCCUUGAGAAGCAUUGCCACACCUCAGCAGGUAGUUGGGGUGAUAGGCCGGAGAACAUUUUCUGCUGGUAAAGCAAAGAAGGGAUCUAAAGGUGGUGGGGCGACUGAUGCUCCGAAGGCAUCUACACUCAGCAAAGAAGUCAAGUCCACUACAGUUGUUGGUGCUAAUAUCCUCAAAGAUGGAACGGACCCUAAAAUCUUGGCAGACUCUGAAUACCCAGAUUGGCUGUGGCACCUGCUUGAUAAACGCCCAGCAUUGAGUGAAUUAAGAAGGAAGAAUACAGAAACUCUCCCUUAUGAGGACCUCAAACGCUUUGUCAAGUUGGAUAAUCGAGCAAGGAUCAAGGAGAACAACUCUGUCAGGGCCAAAAACUAAAAGGAAGUCUGGAAUUUAUUUGUAUUCUUUGAUGUUUCGUUGGCAUAGGAUCCUUGGGAUUGAGGAGAAAGUACAUGUGCGUUAGGAAUAACUGUAGCUCCUAGUAUUUUUCUCCCCUUGGUAAAAUCUUUAUUGAUGUUUCGAAGCUUGUGGUUAUCGAUGCUGGAAAGUAUUUUGUGGUCUGUUAUUGCUCAACACUUAUUCUCAGCUCUAUAAAUACUGGUAGACUACUUUGGAUUGUUUUUCCAUUUCAAUCAGACAGUUGAUUAGCAUUUGUCUGUAGCCUUGAAGUUGAUUAACUUUUUGUUGGUAGCCUUGAUUUCAUUGAUGGUGGGAUAAUUUUAUAGC